AUGGCGAAAGUGACACCCAACGCAGCUGCUGCAGAUGUGGAAGAUGGAUCCGGCUUGCCAACACCAGAAUCUCCACCCUUGCCGACAACGUUGGCAGUGAUGAAGGUUGCGUGCAGGAAGAACGCGUUCUUGGCCAUGAAGCGUGGCCGCUUCAUUGCGGGUCCCUUCCAAAUGUGCAUCCAACUCGGCUUCACUGUUAUGAUGUACUACAUCUUUCAAGGCAUCGUUGAAGAUGUCGAGCGAGAGAGCGGCGUCAGACUAGGGCGGUUCCUGAUGGCAUCCUUUAUGCCGUUGAAUACGCUUUUGGGCAUUGCUUUCUCGAUGAACCCUGCUGUCUAUGACAUUGUUGGCGAGAAGGACCAGAAGAUGAAAAUUCUGCAAAACAUAUAUGGUCUGUCAGAAAACAUGUACUGGCUGAGUUGGUAUGUCUUCUACCUUGCCAUCGCAUUCAUCUGUUUGGUCCUCAUCUACAUUUGCUGGCUCGCUGUGAUCCCUGUCCUGGACACCGUCAACUUCUUUAUCUCCCUGAUAAUCCUUUCGACGGGUUUCGUGCAAUCCAUGGCGUUGGUGUUCUGUCUCAGUAUUUUUAUCGACCGUCCGAAGGUUGCGGAUUUUGUAAUGAGCUUCGUCACGAUGAUCAUCGUCUGUGGCAGUUCUGGCCUGCAGUUUCUGACAAGGGAGGCAACCUGGAUCGGCUGGGUAGGUGGAUUCAUUCCCUUCUGCAAUGUUUUUCAGGCGUUAACUUCCAUGCUGUGGCUCAGUGCAGCCCGGAGCUGUGAUGACUCGGGCGCAUGCCAAUUUAUCGGCGUCAACUUCGACACACUCUGGGUCACGGAUAUUUGUAUGCUGGAUUAUUACCCUGGUGUUGUUCCUUGCUUUGAGCAAGCGGAAGCGACGAUCUUCCCGCUUGGCUGGGCAAUGCUCCUGAUGGUAGCCUCUACGGUGUCAGUAGUCAUCCUUGUCUGGUGGCUGAGCCAUGUGAGGCAGGGCCAGUACGGCAUGGCGAAGCCCAUGUGCUUCUGCCUUAUGGCCAAGUAUAUGUGCCCGAAGCGCGUGAGUGUCAGCAGCGAUGCGAGCCAGCAAGAUACUACAGCUGAAGGACGGUGCGUGUUAUCUAUACAGCACUUGCACAAAGUUUUUGGAGAUGGCAAGGUGGCUGUGGAUGACCUCUGCCUGGAAUCGUAUUCGGGAGAGAUCUUCGCACUUCUUGGCCACAAUGGUGCUGGCAAAACAACUGCGCUCAACUGUGCCGUGGGGCUUAUACCGCCAACAUCGGGCGAAACAUACAUCAAUGGUCACCACGUCCGAACUGAUCUGCAGCGAGCGCGCCAUCAGAUCUCUAUUUGCCCACAAGAUAACCCAAGCUACCCGGAGUUCACUGUGCGACAGCAUCUCAAGUUCUUCAGCAUGCUUCGAGGUGUUGCAGAAUCCGAUGUCGAUGGUCAGACUAGUGCGAUCCUGAAGGCUUUGGGCUUGGAGGAAAAGACGGACAGCCAGUGCGGGAAACUCUCUGGAGGGCAGAAACGGAGGCUGUGGGUUGCCACAGCGCUGAUUGGUGCCUCACCAGUUUCUUUCCUGGAUGAACCAACCAGUGGCAUGGACCCGUCCUCGCGGCGAGAGCUGUGGGAUCUGUUGCUAAGAAUGCGGGACACAGGCCGCUGCAUCAUCUUCACGACACACUAUCUGGAAGAAGCGGACAUUCUCGCAAACCGCAAGGCUGUGCUGGCCCGUGGGAAAGUACAAGCCGUUGGGACUUCGCGCGAAUUGAAGCACAGGUUUGGAGUUGGCUACCGCCUCACGCUUGCUCUGAGCCCCGACGGAAGUGCGCCGGCCGGUGAGCUCCAGCGGUUUGCUCAGGAGUAUGUGCCAUCUGCAGCCCUGGAGGAAGGAGCUGAUGAGGAUGUCAGGCAAGUGAACAUUACCUUAAGCUUCGAAGAGGUUGACAAGUUCUCGAGUCUGCUCCAAGCACUGGAGCAAUCUCAGGAGCGGCUCGGGGUACUGGACUACAUAUUGGGGAUGUCUUCCCUGGAGGAUGUCUUCAUGGCUUUGGGCAGGCAGGCAGAAGAAGAAGCAAAGCGAGAUGAAGGGGACAGGACUCCAGCCAAUGUGGACUUCCAAGAAGUUGAGGCCGAAUCUCCUGUGACGCAGCCUCGGGCAGAGUCUUCCGAGUGGCGCAACAUAAAAGCGGUAUUCUCGCUGCGGCUGUGUGCUAUCAAAUUGAAUCGGUUCAGGGCCUCGAUGGUGAUAUUCGUACCCAUCUUGCUCCAAGUGGCCGGCUUGAGCCUUGCGGGCUUGGGUUCUACACAGAGCGACGGUGGAACUAAUGGCUAUGCCAUUGCAGUGUACCCAGCCAUGGCCUACGGUAUUUCUUUGAUCAACUCGGCAUCGGACGUGGUCGCGGAUGUGAAGAACAAGUGCAAGUAUGUGUCGAUUUCGCAGGGCCUCACUCCACGAGCGUACUGGUUGGGCAGCUUCUUUGCACAUGCCAGCCUCCUCCUUCCCCUGUCGCUGUCCUUUACUGUCCUGUUUUUCGCAAUGCGUCCGGCGUCUAUACCUAUUCAGAGCGCUCCACUGGCUGUGCUUGCAAUGUUCGCAUACCCUAUUCCUACCACUCUUGCGAUAUACAACUUGGCCUCGGCGUUUUCCACCGCAGAGUCUGUGUCGAAGAUCGUGCCGGCGCUGCUGAUUGCUACGAUCUUGUUGCCCGGCAUGGCGGUUUGGGUGUUGUCAGCAUCUUUCAUCCCGGCGAGUUUGUCUGACGUUGCGAUGGCCUGGCACAUUGCGCACUCCAUUCUCAAUCCGUGCUACUGCUUGCCGGGCGUGAUGUCCUACCUUGUCAAUGUGGACGGCCCCAAGAACCUUUCCGCCGGGGAGUACUUUGGGUCUUUGUCAGCCCUUCCGCUGUACAUGAUGCCUGUGACUUCUGCUCUGUACCUGGCCAACCUCAUUCGCUUGGAUACCAAAAGCUACAAGAACAAGCCUGCGAAGCCAUCCGGGGAACGAGCUACGGCGGACGACGAGGAUGUAUUGGCCGAGGAGGAUCGUUGCCGGCAGGCGGCUGCGGCAGACGACGCAGCCAGGUAUGAAAAGCUGAGCCACACAUACAGGGUGGCAGAUACAGGAUCGCGCCCAGCUGCUUGUGCCCACUGCACGCGCGAGUACAAGUAUGUGAAUGCUGUGAGAGACAUCAGUCUCGGCAUCCAGAAGGGGGAAUGUUUCAGUCUACUUGGGCCAAACGGAGCUGGGAAGACGACCACUCUUGGAAUUUUGACCGGGGAAAUCAGGAAUCCCAGCGCUGGAAAAGUCAGCAUUUUUGGCCACAACAUGGCGCAUGAAAAGGAGCGAAUUUCUGCCUUCGACCUGUUGGGUGUUUGCCCCCAAGUGGAUCCCUUGUGGGUCACAAGGCUCUUCUGUUGCGGGGCCAAGACUUCAGAUGCCGGGUAG